UUGUAUGUUUAUAUCUACAAAUACAUAUAUUCCCAUACAAUAAUUAAUUAAUAUAUACUCAUCAUGAUGCUAACAACUUCAUAGCUAGAGCCCCUGCCUCAUCAACUAUAAAUACCAACUCCGAUCCUCUGCUUCUCAUUCAACACAUACAUACUUCUUCAAAUAAAAAUGGCUCUCUCUAAGCUUCUACUUGCUUCCCUUCUUGCUUCUCUUCUCAUCAUUCAGCUUGUUCAUGCCGAUCACCAGGCAUACCAACAAACGCAGGGUUCUCUUCAGCAGAUAGACUGUAGCAGAGCAUGUGCUGCAAGGUGUCGGUUAUCAUCUCGUCCAAAUCUCUGUCACAGAGCCUGUGGAACUUGCUGCCAGCGCUGCAACUGCGUGCCGCCGGGCACCGCCGGCAAUCAGGAAGUGUGCCCUUGCUAUGCUAGCUUGACCACCCACGGUGGCAAGCGCAAGUGCCCUUAAAUCCAUGCAUGUGUAUAUUGCUCCAUCACCACGCUCUCAAUAAACUUAUGGAAGAAUAAUAAUUGUUUACUCAGUUUUUUUUGUUCAAUCCUUGUUGAAUCAAUAAUCAUUAUUGUGCAAAUUUGAUGGUUUCUUUUUCUUUUUAUUUUGUUUAUACUUUAUAUAUGUACCUUUGCUAUUAAUAAAAGAGUUUACUAUUUCAUGUUUUAUAA